GUGCCUUUCUGAGGACAGCGAGCAGAAGGGUUUCGGACUUCGCCGGUCCAGUUUGCUGUAAAAACGCUGGCAUCGUCUGCGGUCGGGAAAGAUUUUCUUCGUAUCGAGGAGGAAGGCGAUAAAAUACCCGAGGCAGCGGGUGACUUUUAAUGUGCGGUUAAGUUAUUCAAAGACUUUGUUGGAAGGCUAUAUCAAAGGAUGAGCUGGGGCCAGCUGUACGCCCUGCUGGGGGGGGUGAACAAGCACUCCACCAGCCUGGGCAAGGUCUGGCUGUCGGUCGUCUUCGUCUUCCGCAUCAUGAUCCUGGUGGUCGCCGCCGAGAGCGUCUGGGGGGACGAGCAGUCGGACUUCACCUGCAACACGCUGCAGCCCGGCUGCAAGAACGUCUGCUACGACCGUUACUUCCCCAUCUCCCACAUUCGGCUGUGGUGCCUCCAGCUCAUCUUCGUCUCCACCCCGGCCCUGCUGGUGACCAUGCACGUGGCGUACCGCAAGCGCGGCUUCAAGAGGGACAUUCUGCGCGCCCACGGCGAGAAGGCCGAGGAGGACCUGGAGGAGCUGAGGAAGAAACGGAUGCACAUCACGGGGCCCCUGUGGUGGACCUACACCACCAGCCUCUUCUUCAGGCUGCUGUUCGAGACCGCCUUCAUUUACAUCUUCUACUACAUCUACAGCGGCUUCCAGAUGCCCCGCCUGGUCAAGUGCACCGACUGGCCCUGCCCCAACACCGUGGACUGCUUCAUCUCCCGGCCCACCGAGAAGACGGUCUUCAGCAUCUUCAUGAUCGCCACCUCGGGGAUCUGCAUCAUCCUGAACGUGGCCGAGCUGGGCUACCUGGUCGCCAAGGCGCUGAUGAGGAGCUGCGGCGGCCAGGACAAGCCCUCCUUCCACCCGAGACACGUUUCGCGGGAGAAGGAGCGCCUGCAGAACAAGGCUAACGAGCUGCUGCUGUCGGAAACCUGCAGCCUCAAGUCCUCGGCCCCCGAGAAGCUGGCCUAGAGGCGCCCCGCUGGGCACUUGGCCGUGACGCCGGCGUUGUCCCUGAAAACGUGCCUUGCUGCUGGAACCCCUGGUGUGCACGGUGGCCGCCAGCACAGGGGGAGAUCCUCCGCGCCCAGGCGCCCACGCAGUGAGGAGAGGAAGCUUUCCAGUCGCCCCCAAGUGUCUUCUAUUGGUUUUCCUCCGUUAGGGCUGACAGCGACACCUAGUGACCACGCCGGAGGUGUUUUCCGGACCACCUCCAGGCUCCCAGAGGCCGACACUGUGGGCGCCGACGGUGCACGAGGUCAGACACCCCACUGGCUUCACCGGGGUGCCUCCCGAUGGCCACUGCUUUGGGCUCAUCUACCAACAGCAAAAAAAAAAACAAAAAAAAAACAAAGCAGGUGUUAUUCUACAGGCUCUGCUGAAAAAUAGCCUUUUUUUACAUCUCUUGGCAUUUAUAUGCUUUGGUGAAGAAAAAGCAUUGACUAGUUUUCAUCAUAGAUAUUUAAAUAAUAUUUAUUAUAUGAAUAUUUAAAGUACAAUGAGAGUUGAUAUAAUGAUUAAGACAAAAUCUCUUCACUUUUAUAACUUUAUUGCUGGUGAUUCUGUAAAUAUUUAAAGUGCAAUAUGUACUGUAGCCUAUAUUUUAUUUAUUACAAUUGAUGGCAGUAAACUAAAACAAAAAUGAGCAGAUAGACUUGAUGUUUUUUGCACCAUGUGCAUCUAACUACUUUUUUUUUGCUUCUGUUAGAUGGCCCAAAAUGUUGAGCUACAAAAUCUAAAACUAAAGAAUAAGAAAGAAAUUGAUCCAAAAGGAGACCAAUUCCAACAACGUGCUUUGUGGUCUUUGUGUAUUUAGUGGUUUCCUUGAGAAGGAUAUGUACAGUCAUAUUUAGAAUGUGGAGAAAAUUUUCCUUUUUUUAGAACAUCUUUAUGGCCUUAUUCUGUAAUCACAGUAAGUGAUAUUAACUGAAGCCAAAACUGAAAAUAGGAUUGCAACUGCCAAUAAAAUGUUUAUAGGCUUUUAUUAUUUUAGGGCCAAUUAAACAUUUAAAAAUGUUGUUAUACAGUAACUAUAUAAAUGUAAGUGUCACAUACAAUUAGAUGAAUCAUCUAUUUUAUUAAAAAUGAGUAAAUUAAUUUAGAUAAAUUGCCAUUUUAAAAUGUAUAUAUUAUCAGUUCUGUGCUUAUUUGUAAUAAGGUUAAAUAUUAACAUUAAUCAAUACAGGAAAAAAAAAUCUCUGUCCAUUCACCCAGUCGUGUGGACCCCCAGUUUUAGAGAGAGGAGACCCUUUGCUCUGUGGUCCCCAUGCCGGUGUGGUUUGGAGCAAAAGGCUCUGCUCUUGCAUCCUGCUUUUAGUUCUGACACGAGGGACCUUCCGUGUGGAGUUAGCAUGUUCUCCCAUGGUCAUGUGGGCUUGGUACGGCUACACUGGCCUCCUUCUGCCUCCCAGAGACAUGCUGGCUGGUGAAAAGGCGUCUCUCGACUGGGUGUGUGCCCGGCAGGGGCUCUGCGCUUCCAGGUAGAUAUGAUUGCCAAGGCCUUACCAGGCCUGAGUGGUUUUCUGCUGACGAAUGAAGGAAUUUGACUUUGGAGAACAAUAAUAGUUACUCAACAUUAAUGAGCAUGUAUUGUAACGGCAGGACUGUAGCAAUUUCCGCAGGACAAUAUGCUUGAAAGCGGAGGAGACACUGGUGGUUACCCCUGUGCCGAGGGAGAGCGAGCUUUGGAAAAGUAUUGGGGAAACCUGACCGUGUGAGGCUUCAACUGAUGUCUCUUCUCUAGCCCAGCUGCUUCUCAGCUUCAUGUUUCCAAAGCAGCUAGGAGCCGGUGGUGUUUUAAAGUGCAGUAUUAGACUCCGGUCUCUGCAGUGACAGUGAAUCCUGGAAUGAACUGUAGCAGUCUGAGUCCUGGGCAUCAAGGUUUAAGGCUUCAGUAAGGCUAUUCAACUUGUGAUCCCUCCAGUCCACACUGGAUCAUUCUGAAACAACGGGCUUCUCUGUGCUUUAACUGUCUUUUGGCAGAUAUGGUAACUUUUUUUCCCCGUUUCCGAUGAAAAUGAAUGUCUCUGAAGUGGUAGUGUGUCGCGUACAAUAAACACUGCCAGUGGAUGUGAGGUGUUCCCGUACCAGCCUGUAACCACAUCCCUACAAGGAUAAAAGCUUGGUCACUUUCUUUAGGUUGUCUUGUAAAAAUGAGCAUGGCAUCCUCUUGGUAUCAGUCAUGUCACCAUGUACCCUUUUAAAGUGUUUAAUGUACGUGAAUAAUUCAAAUUCAGACUGUGCUUCCUAACAUCUUGAAAUAAAACAAACAAAAUAGGUCACAAUCUUUCAAUUUCUUGAAAACACCAGAUUCUGGUGUUCUGGUUUUAAAAAUACACCGGAUGCAGACGACAAAUAUUUGAGCAAGACCGGUCACUUAUGAAAAUGAAACCACAAAUACAGUAUUUGUAACCGAACCCAGAGAGUGGCCACCGAGAACUGUUUUUGUAGGCUGGGAUGGAAACACGGGAAUGUAGUGAUAUCCCAUUACCCCUUUGGAACAUUUCCUCAUAAAGGUGUAAAAUGAUCCCUUUAUUCCUGGUAAUUGUCAUGUUUACGUACAGUAUAACGGGCUUGGAUCUGACCCCUCUCUCCAUCUCAGUCGUCGCUGCUAAUAAAGGAGGUAAACCCACCGUGGCAGGAGCGGUCCCUGAGAGCACAUGCUGUGUGCUUCGCAUACUCCUUCCCUACUGCCAAUUCAUCUCUUUUUUUUUAUCGUUUACAACAAAAACGCAGAAAAAACGAAGCGCCUGCAUCGGCGGGGUCAUUUGUGUUGUCAGGACCGCGCUGCCGAGAGAGCGGCGGCUGCGAAAUGUUCUUUUUUCAGUUCGGAAGUUUCAGUAAAGGAAUCUGAAGGAACUGUAAGAUAAAGCGCUUCUGUAGGAUCAUGAAACAGCGCUUGAGGUGAGAGCUUUGCAGUGAUAACCUUUCACCUCUCUGUUCAGCGUGUUGCCGUGUCCCGGGCACAGUGGCACAGGAAAUGCAGCGAUGGCGGAAGAAUGAUGAAGGAUGAAACCUUUUCAUGUUUUCAGACGAAUUUAAAUAGUCUUUAUCAUCUUUACUGUGCACAUGGAAACACGUAUAUGUGAUCUGGUUUAAAUAUGCACGAACCCUUUUGGUAUGUUUUUCUAUGUGUAAACGUUUGCGGCCGUUUUAAUAAAGAAAAUGCUUCACA